AUGGCGAAACUGAUCAGGAUGGGGCCGCAGGAGAGGCGGUUACUCCGGCCAAAAAGGCUUCGUUGGAGUCGCUUCCUCUUCCUAUUGGGAAUGUUGGUCAUCGGGUCUACCUAUCAGCACCUGAGGAGGCCUCGGGGCCUGCUCUCACUGUGGGCAGAAGUCUCUUCCCGACAGCCUAUAAAAUUGGCCAGCCGGGACCUCCCCAGCGAUGAGACGGUAACAGUGACCAGCAAACCUCCACAGGACAGCUCUGAAGUGGAGGAUGAGGUGGUAGCACCCCAGGCCACAGUGGGCAGGGAUCAAGUACCUCCCAGCACGACGAGGGGGAGCACCCCUAAUCCACCCAGAACAGCCAAGAUCGUUACGACGACACCCAAGAACAAGCACAGCCCAACAGCAGCCAGCACAGAAAGAGCGAAGGAAAACACCCCAACCACUAGAGUUCUGAAUCACUACACCCCACCUUCAGGCAGACUAACAGUAAGAAGUCACAGCCCGACACCCAGGGAAGAAAUGAGGAGCUCCCGCCCAACUCAAGCCAAGAGAAAGGGGGAGAAGCACACCCCCUCCCCAGCCGGGGGGACAGUAGACACGGACACACCACCCACAUUCAUGACGGUGGGAACGAGCCCUAGGGUCACCCCCAGCGCGGCAGCGCUAGACAGCGAAACCAUGGCAACCGAUGAAGUACAGGAGACCAGCGCUCCCAAGAGAAUGGCAGAUGAAGCGACCCCUGCUACUCCCAAAGGAAUAGUUAAGAACACCGCAAUUUCCCCAACACAUGAGGAAAAAACGCACAUCGUGACUUCUCCAAGGAAUCUGGUGGAAAAGGAUGCCCUGAGUAGCCCCAGAAGAGCGGGAAGUAACAGCUCCACCAGUCCUUGGACAUCAGUGGGAAAGAACAAGCUGACAGUUCCCUGGGAAGAAGCCGUGGAGCAUACCUCAGCCCCCUCUGAGGGGCAGGCGACAAUCGGCACGGUGACAGGGAGCAGCCCAGUGAAAACCAAAGCCUCCACUGCUGCCUGGAGUGUUAGGAGCCCCUGGCCCCAAUCCAGUGCACCCGCCACCAGAGCAGCCCCAGCCACCCGCUGGGAGCGGGCCGGGGACCCUUCCACAGCACGCAGCAGCGCCGCUCCGACCACCCAGGUCCGGCACUGUGUGGUUGUGGCGUUAGCUCCCGCUGCACCCAGCAUCCCGUCCCACAGCCCGACAACAGCCCUGCUCCCAGGGGCGCCCAGUCCCGGUCUCCCGGCACCGCCGCCGGGCUGGCCAGACACCCACCCCAAGGCAGAGUACCCCCCAGACCUGUUCAGCGUGGAGGAGCGGCGGCAGGGCUGGGUGGUCCUGCAUAUCUUCGGCAUGAUGUACGUGUUUGUGGCCUUGGCCAUCGUAUGUGACGAGUACUUUGUUCCCGCCUUGGGCGUCAUCACGGACAAGCUGCAGAUCUCGGAUGACGUGGCGGGUGCCACCUUCAUGGCCGCUGGAGGCUCUGCCCCAGAGCUCUUCACCUCCCUCAUCGGCGUCUUCAUUUCCCACAGCAAUGUGGGCAUCGGUACCAUCGUGGGCUCGGCCGUAUUCAACAUCCUCUUUGUCAUCGGCACCUGCGCCCUCUUCUCCCGGGAGAUCCUCAACCUCACCUGGUGGCCGCUGUUCCGCGAUGUCUCCUUCUACAUCCUCGACCUGUCCAUGCUCAUUGUGUUCUUCCUGGACAGCCUCAUCGCCUGGUGGGAGAGCCUGCUGCUGCUGCUGGCCUACGCCCUCUACGUGUUCACCAUGAAGUGGAACAAGCAGAUCGAGGUCUGGGUGAAAGAGCAGCUCAGCAGGAGGCCGGGAGCCAAGAUCAUGGCCCUGGGGGACCUCAGCAAGCUCCCGUUCGCGCUGUCCCGAGGGAGCAGCUCCGCCUCGCUGCACAACAGCACCAUCCGUACCACCAUCUACCAGCUCAUGCUCCACAGCCUGGACCCCCUGGGGGAAGCCCGAUCCUCCAAGGACAAGGAGAGUUUGACUCAAGAGGCCAGAGCCCAACCCCAGGUCAAGGCAGAGAGCAAAGCAGAAGAGGAGGAGCCAGCCGAGCUCCCUGCGGUCACGGUCACACCAGCCCCUGCUCCAGACGUCCAGGGAGAUCAGGAGGAGGAUCCUGGAGGCCAGGAAGACAUGGCUGGAACCGAGAAGGGAGGUGAGACGCCAGGCCAAGAGGGCGAAGUUGAGGAGAAAAGUGGAGGGGAAGCUCAUCCAGAAGGGGAAGGAGAAAUGGCAGCAGAAGGAAAAGAUGACCAUGAAGACAAAACUAAGCCAGAAGGAGAAAACCGUGAAGGUGAAACUGAGGCAGAAGAAAAAGAAGAGCAGGGACAUGAAAAUGAAAUCCAAACAGAAGAUGCUGAACUGCAAGGGGAAGGUGAAGCUGAAGUCCCAGAAGUCAAAGCUGAAAAUCAAGAAGUCGAAAAUGAGAAAGAUGCAGAUGGUGACGGCGGCAGUGACGGAGGAGACACCGAAGAGGAUGAUGAAGAUGAUGAGGACGAGGAGGACGAGGAGGAUGAGGAGGAUGAGGAUGAGGAUGAGGACGAUGAGGAGGAAAAUGAGGAGCCUCUGUCCCUGGACUGGCCAGAGACCAGGCAGAAGCAGGCCAUUUACCUCUUCCUCCUGCCCAUUGUAUUCCCGCUGUGGCUCACGGUGCCCGACGUCCGGAGGCAGGAGUCUAGGAAGUUUUUUGUGAUCACCUUCCUAGGAUCCAUCAUUUGGAUAGCCAUGUUCUCAUACCUCAUGGUGUGGUGGGCUCACCAGGUUGGCGAAACAAUAGGGAUUUCGGAAGAGAUCAUGGGCUUGACAAUUCUAGCAGCAGGCACAUCAAUUCCUGACCUCAUCACAAGCGUGAUCGUUGCUCGGAAAGGUCUGGGAGACAUGGCUGUGUCAAGCUCAGUGGGCAGUAACAUAUUCGACAUCACCGUGGGAGUAGAAAGCUGUGAAAUGUUUCAAUUUGGCGCAACUCUAAAUAAUGGCAUGAGCUCAAAAGGCAGUUUUUCUGCAGAAGAACCAAUUCUAAGUCUCAGGGCUCUGAGACACUUCCAGUGUAAGUGUCACGGACUUAACUGACUUCACACAUCCAAUUUGGGACCAUCACUUUUUCCUUCCUUAAAACUGGCUGGAGGCCUCCUUGAUAAAUGACAGUCUGUACAAGUGCACCCAGGAUAUUUAUAUAUACUAUGCACUUGUACAUAGUGCACCCAGGAUCUAUAGUAAGUAACUCUAAUGGCAAGGGAUGUUUUUUCCUUAUCAGAAAUUACUCAAAGAAACUGAUAUUAGAAAUGAUGUGACAAACAGAUUUUCAAAAUCAAUUUAAUAUUCAUGGUGUUUAAACCUUCAAUUUGUUUUCUGAUUUCUGGAUAUUUCUCCUUUUAGAUUCCACAAACUUCAGAUUCUGAAGCUUGAGGAAAAAGCCAAGUUCCUCAAUAUGGGAAAUUCUAUCUGGCUGUACUUUUAGAGGGUUACAAUUUCUCUACUUUCAAAAAAAUACUUUGAAUAUUUAUAUAUACUAUUAACACACCCCAGUAAAUCACUUCAGAUAAAUAUUUUAUAGUACAAUUUCUAUCAAUAGUCAGCAUUUUAGAUAGUAAAAUAAGGGUGAAAUCUGGAAUAGGGUCAACUGUCAUAUUUUCCAAUAUACUCUCAAAGGAGAGUAUUAAAAUUUAAAGUUCUAUUUGGACUGUGAGCUAUCUUCCCUGCGUACUGCAGGUGUCCAUUAGCCCCAGAGGAGAAUCUGCAGUCGUGGUACAGCGGGCCUCUCUGGCUGGCCCUCCACGAGGCUCGGCGAGCCCGGAGGCGGGGGCACAUGCACCCUUGCCACCGCUCACUCAGCGCCGCCGGGCUGAGGGGUAGUAACAUGCGGUCCUAGGGUGACGGCAACACUAGUACUGACACUUUUAAAAUUCAUUCUCCCAAGUAAUAAAAAAUAUAUAUAUAGAUGUACAUAUAGAGAUCUAUAGAGAUCUGCAGCUGUACUAAUUACUUCAAAUAGCAGCAGACAAGGAAAAUAAACACUUGUGUCAUAAGUUUAAAUUCAUUUUAAGUUUGCUAUAUUAAAUUUAAAAAUUAAAAAAAUAUCAACUUACUAUAAACAAUUUAAAAUAUGUAUAAUACAAUUUCAUGGUCAAAACAUUUGAAUAGUCUAUGAAAACAGGAGAUACCUUGACCUUACACUGCUGUUUUGGUUCCAUAGAUCGUUUUUAUGUCUCUUCCAAGAGAAACCAUAAAACAGUUGUCUUAUUUCAUGGCAACCAAUUUUGUGUAGGAUUUCCUCGUCACAAAAAUACUUAUCAGAGGGAAGUCAAAGGAAAAAAAGAAAUGGGAAACAAAGUGGCUCCUUCCCUAUUUGUCACUCUUCUCUUCCGAAAGCUUUCCGUACAUACGCUGUUCGAACCUCCCAAACCAUUUACAAAUGCGUUCUCAAAAACUGAAG